AUAAGCCCGGUUCAUGCGAAGCUGUCUUCCCAGGAGAACAUUCUUUUCCAUUUUUGUUCCACUUGCCGGACACUUGCCCGUGCUCAUUCACUGGUACGCGGGGCAGCGUAGAAUACCGACUGAAAGUGACCUUGCAUCUAUCGAAUGGGGAUAGAUAUCGAUCCAUCAAGGGAUUCUUGGUAAUUCGUGAUGUUGUAAUUGGAGAACAACCGGAUAUACCAAGCACACUGUCUUGUCCACCAAUUAGCCGCUGGUUCGUCAGUGGAUUUGACAUGCUCAGCCAGAGUGGAGCCAUUGAUGAGUUCACUACACUGAUGCGGCAAAGGUUAAGAAGCAACCGGUUUGACGAAUUUGGGAGCCAAGUUAUUGACGGCGACCAACAAUUUCGACUGGAGUCUUUCGAGCCAAUGCCAACGUGGGAAGCUGCUGAAACUCAGCAACCGAACGCAUCCUUGCUGCAAGUGGAUGGUAAUUUUGGACAACUGCGGAUCAAUCGAAACCGUGAUUCAUUUUCCAAGGGACAGUCGUUGAAAGAUAGGAUAAGACGUGCGUUGUCUGGCAACAAGUACGCUGGAUUGCAAAUGAGCCGUGCAACCCCACCUCUGCACUUCAGUCAAUGCUAUAAUAUGUCGAGCCUAGUCCCAACUUCGUGGAUUUCUCGUCCUCAUACAUCAGAAGUCACGUCCUAUCCAAGAGUUGCCAUGGGAUCACAGAUCGGCUAUGCAGUGUCCUGUCGGCUUACCGUCAGCCGACGGAAUAUGGUCCCUGGUGAACGCAUUACGGCACGUCUAACGUUAUUUGUGGAGGAUCCUUUCGCUCUUGUUCCUCUCCCAAAACUUACGGAAGGCCAGUGCAAUCAUGGAAGCUGUGCGCCCCUUUGUUGUGCUACCUCCAAGCAGACCAAGCAUGUUUGGAGCCCUCUGGCAAAAGCAUUUGUCUCCUAUUUUUUAGGAGAGAGUUACGAACGACAACUUUCAGACCCAUAUGAAUCAUCAGCAAUAUGGUGGAAUGGUGUUGUGAAGCAACCGCAUCGAAUAAUGAUUGUAUUACGUCAGAUGACAACCUAUAAAGACUGGACAAAUCACGUGAUAGCAGAAGAAGAACGAGACAUAUAUAUGGGAGAAAUGGAACGCGGCCAGCUCACAGACAAGCAUUUAUUGCGUGUCAGUUUAGAGCACGUAUUCAACGUCCCUGCCGUCACACCCUCUAACCUGGAUGGAACGCAUUGCAUCACGGUUUCGUACACAUUGGGGGUGAUUCACUUCAAACUCAAAAGGUACGAACAUCUGUGGCUUCCAAACGGAUGGAGAAUGCACUUGAAACGGAGUUCAAAGGAUGCCGAUUCGCGCGAUAUUGAACGCGUGUACAUACCUUAUUCCAGUGAGGUGGAACCUAAAAAUGUCAGAUGGGCUAAGCGAUUUGUCCGACAAAUGCAGAGAAGAAGGCCUUCUAGCCCAGCGACUUGGAAGCGCAUCUAUUCUGAUUUACAUCUGCCUAUCCCAAUAAAGAUUGGAACUUCAAAGUAUGGUCAUACUCCUGAUGGAGAUCAGGAUAGCCUGAUGAUCGCAAAUGACGCGCUAUAUCCGUGCUACUACAUGCAAUGGCCAUAUAGCUGUGAAUACGGGAGCCUUCCACCAGCCUACGCUUUUGUUAGUCAUGAUCGGGAAAGGUCUCGGAAUUCGCUUCAGGCCAACACUGAAUUACAACAUUCCGUUUCAUUCGCUGACAUAAAUGCUGCAUCUGGGAGAACAAUAGCUGAGCGCCGACGGAGAUCACAUUCAUCCGGCGGACGUCUCUCUUUUGUUCCCGGUGGCCUAGGACCGGGGAGAAUCCGCCAAUCGAGCGAAAUUCGCCGGAACGUUGAAAACCCUGUUCACAGGAAGCGGCGAGCUUCGGAGCAGUUGGUGCAUUCACAGCAUGGCACGCCUGAAGCAGACGCACGCAGCACCUGGCAACAAGAAGUUCAGAUCU